UCCCUGGUGGUGACGUCACUCGGCCCCCUCUGGGAGCGGCGCCAUUUUGGGAGGCUGAGGCGGGAGCGGCGGCGUCGCCUGAGGAGAAAGAAAGGAAGAAAGAAGGAAAGAGAGAGAGAAGCCUCGCUCGGAGGCCGAGGAAGGAAGGAAGGAAGGCAGGAGGAGAGAAUCUUGCCUGGUAUUGACGUGAGGCUGACCGGACAUUGGUAAUUGUUUGGGUCGUUCUUUUUUCCCUUCUUGAAGAUCGGGACCACACUCGCCCUCCACUGUUCCUCUAGGCAGCAAGGACUGAACUUUUUACGGAUUUAACUUCCGACAGUGUUGUUACUCAGGGAAAUGAGGAUUCUGUGGAGCCACGUCUUGGGUGCUGUAAGGAAAGAAAUACAGGAAGAAGAAAUCCUCUCAAGGUGUUGAUCUUGCUGAAUUCCUGACCUGACUUACAGAUAAGAAAGGAGAAAAGAGUCAAGAAUCUGUAUUCUAAUUAAACACCUGUUGACAUGGAGGAGAAGGCAUCAGAAUACCUGGAGUGUGGAAAGAGCUUUGCACAGAGUGGAGAUCUAUGUUCAAAUCAAAAGACUCACACUGGAGAGAAACCCUAUAUAUGCCAGGAGUGUGGAAAGAGCUUUGCUCAGAGUGCACAUCUACAUUUGCAUCAAAGGACUCAUACUGGAGAGAAACCAUAUACUUGCCAGGAGUGUGGAAAGAGCUUUGCUAGGAGAGGAAAUCUAGAUGUACAUCAAAGGAUUCACACUGGGGAGAAACCGUAUACAUGCCUGGAGUGUGGAAAGAGCUUUGCUCAGAGAGGACAUCUAGAUGUACAUCAAAGGACUCACACUGGAGAGAAACCACAUACUUGCCUGGAGUGUGGAAAGAGCUUCACUAAGAGUUCAGCUCUACGUUUACAUCAAAGGACUCACACUGGGGAGAAACCCUAUAUAUGCCUGGAGUGUGGACAGAGCUUCACUGAGAAUGGAAGUCUGCAUAAACAUCAAAAGAUUCACACUGGGGAGAAACCCUAUACAUGCCUGGAGUGUGGAAAGAGCUUUGCUAGGAGAGGAAAUCUAGAUGUACAUCAAAGGAUUCACACUGGGGAGAAACCGUAUACAUGCCUGGAGUGUGGAAAGAGCUUUGCUCAGAGAGGACAUCUAGAUGUACAUCAAAGGACUCACACUGGGGAGAAACCCUUUAAAUGCCUAGAGUGUGGACAGAGCUUCACUGCUAGUGGAAAACUACGUUCACAUCAGCGGACUCACACUGGGGAGAAACCCUAUACAUGCCUGGAGUGUGGACAGAGCUUCACUGAGAGAAGAAGUCUACGUAAACAUCAGCGGACUCACACUGGGGAGAAACCCUAUUCAUGCCUGGAGUGUGGAAAGUGCUUCACUGAGAGUUCAUAUCUACAUUCACAUCAAAGGAUUCACACUGGGGAGAAACCCUAUUCAUGCCUCGAGUGCGGAAAGAGCUUUGCUCAGAGAGUGAGUCUGGAUUCACAUCAAAUGAUUCACACUGGGGAGAAACCCUAUUCAUGCCUUGAGUGCGGAAAGAGCUUCACUGAGAGAGGAAGUCUACGUAAACAUCAGCGGACUCACACUGGGGAGAAACCCUAUUCAUGCCUGGAGUGUGGAAAGUGCUUCACUGAGAGUUCAUAUCUACAUUCACAUCAAAGGAUUCACACUGGGGAGAAACCCUAUACAUGCCUGGAGUGUGGAAAGAGCUUUGCUCAGAGAGGAAAUCUAGAUGUACAUCAAAGGACUCACACUGGGGAGAAACCCUAUACAUGCCUGGAGUGUGGACAGAGCUUCACUGAGAGAAGAAGUUUACGUAAACAUCAGCGGACUCACACUGGGGAGAAACCCUAUUCAUGCCUGGAGUGUGGACAGAGCUUCACUGAGAGAGGAAGUCUACGUAAACAUCAGCGGACUCACACUGGGGAGAAACCCUAUACAUGCCUGGAGUGUGGACAGAGCUUCACUGAGAGAGGAAGUCUACGUAAACAUCAGCGGACUCACACUGGGGAGAAACCCUAUUCAUGCCUGGAGUGUGGAAAGUGCUUCACUGAGAGUUCAUAUCUACAUUCACAUCAAAGGAUUCACACUGGGGAGAAACCCUAUACAUGCCUGGAGUGUGGAAAGAGCUUUGCUCAGAGAGGAAAUCUAGAUGUACAUCAAAGGACUCACACUGGGGAGAAACCCUAUACAUGCCUGGAGUGUGGACAGAGCUUCACUGAGAGAAGUUUACGUAAACAUCAGCGGACUCACACUGGGGAGAAACCCUAUACAUGCCUGGAGUGUGGAAAGAGCUUUGCUCAGAGAGGACACCUAGAUGUACAUCAAAGGACUCACACUGGGGAGAAACCCUUUAAAUGCCUAGAGUGUGGAAAGAGCUUUGCUCAGAGAGUGAAUCUGGAUUCACAUCAAAGGACUCACACUGGGGAGAAACCCUACACAUGCCUGGAGUGUGGACAGAGCUUCACUGAGAGAGGAAGUCUAUGCAAACAUCAAAGGACUCACACUGAGGAGAAACCCUAUACAUGCCUGGAGUGUGGACAGAGCUUCACUCAGAGUGGAAGUCUAGGUUCACAUCAAAGGACUCACACUGGGGAGAAACCCUAUACAUGCCUGGAGUGUGGAAAGAGCUUUGCUAGGAGAGGAAAUCUACGUUUGCAUCAAAGGACUCACACUGGAGAGAAACCACAUACUUGCCUGGAGUGUGGAAUGCGCUUCACUAAGAGUUCAGCUCUACGUUUACAUCAAAGGACUCACACUGGGGAGAAACCCUAUUCAUGCCUGGAGUGUGGAAAGAGCUUCACUCAGAGUUCAGAUCUGCGUUCACAUAAAAGAACUCACACUGGGGAGAAACCCUAUAAAUGUCUUGAGUGUGGAAAGAGCUUUACUCAGAGUUCAAAUCUACGUUCACAUCAAAGGACUCACACUGGGGUGUCAGGCUCACUUCAAAGGAUCAGUCUGAACGCAGAUCAGAGAUAGCUGCUCUCAAAUCCAAUCUUUAUUGAAGAAUACAUGACUUUGGAAAAGUCGAGAAUGACCUAAUGUUUACAUACACUCAUUUUUAUCACCUCUGCUGCAACGUAACACCACACGCAAAUAUCAUCAUCAAAUCCCACCCUUUGUAUCACAUUUCUACUAUUCCCACACACUAUACCAAUUAUAAUUGUUUAUACUUUCAACCCUGAGUUCCCAGGCUCAUUCUAUCUUCUUCUGCCAGGUGCUUCCAGGGUUAUUUAUGUUAUGACUCCAAGUUCAGGGCUUGGAAAUUCAGCCCUGGGACUUGGUUCCAUGACAUGGCGCCCUCUUUUUCUUCGUCCUCCUCUUCGGUUCUUCCUUCAUCACAAUCCUGAAAUAAAUCAAACAAUAACUCUAUGUGUCCAUUUUGUCCAAAGUCCCCAUAUACUUUUUCAGUAAGCUGCGAUGGAAUACUGGGUGUAUUUUCCCUAAACUUUUUGGCAAUGCCAACUGGAAAGUUACUUCAUUGAUAACACCCUGUAUUCUGAAUGGUCCAAUAUAUUUGGGGCCCAAUUUUCUCGAAGGUAGCCCCAAUUUGAUGUUUUGGGUACUUAACCACACUAGAUCUCCUUUCUCCAAUUUAUCGCCUUCCACCCUUUUUCUGUCUGCGAACGUUUUAUACUUUUUGUGUGCUUCCUUUAAGGAUGCAGUCACUUGACUCCAGCAUUCUAGCAUUUGAGUUUUCCAUUUCCCUGCCCCUGUUUCUUCAUUCUCUGUCCAUCUUGGCAACUGGGGCAGAGGCUGUAUUUCAUACCCGUAAACUACUUCAAAGGGAGUUUUAUUUGUUGCUGAAUGUAUAGUCGAAUUAAAAGCUAGUUCUGCAAAAGCCAGCCACCUAGACCAGUCAUUUUGUCUCAUGUUAGAGUACAUUCGAAGGAACUGCCCAAGCGUCUGUUGAGUACGUUCUACUGCCCCGUUUGUCAUGGGGUGAAAAGCAGAACUUAGACUCCUUUCUGCUCCUAGCAUUUCCAAGAAUUUUUCCCAAAAUUUUGCUGUGAAUUGAACCCCUCUGUCACUGACCACUCUACUGGGACAUCCAUGAAGUUUGUAAAUAUGGUUUAUGUAUAAUUCAGCUAGUUUCUCUGCCGAUGGUAAUUUCGUCAGUGCUAUAAAGUGGGCCUGUUUAGAAAACAGGUCUAAUACUGUCCAAAUAUAACGAUGUCCUUUGCUAACCGGCAGUUCCCCCACAAAGUCCAUAGCUACACAUUCCCAAGGCCUGGUAGGUUCCGCUACUGUUUGUAAUAAUCCCAUUGGCUUCCCUCCUCUCGAUUUAUUUCUGGCACAAUCAUCACAUUGAACAACAUGAUUCUUUAUGUCCUUCCUCAUUCCUGGCCACCAACAAUGUUUUGCUAUUGCCUUUGUUGUUUUUGUAAUUCCUGUAUGACCAGCGCUCUGGUUAUUGUGAAAACGAUGCAAAAUCUUAAUCCUUAAUAUUGCUGGGAUAUACAGUUUCUUGUUCACAAACCAAAAUCCCCCCUUCUGCUCCCCCUUUUCUGCGUUGGAUGCGAUCCACUGAUCUCCUUCAUAAGACUGUUUCAGUUCUUUUCCCCAACUAUUUUCCCCGUCGAGUUCAAUAAUAGCAGUGUUCUCUUUUUGGGUUUGCGCUCUUGUCCUGACAGCUAAGCCCCAUUGUUUAUCAGAGAAUAUUGUUCCCUCUUUUGCUGUGGUUAUGCCUUCGUGUUGAGGCAUGCGUGAAAGAGCAUCUGCCAAGACAUUCUGCUUCCCUUGGAAAAACUUUAAUUGGAAAUCGAACCUGCUGAAGUAUUGUGCCCAUCUAAUUUGUUUGGGGGACAAUUUUCGAGGAGAUUUUAAAUACUGGAGGUUCUUAUGGUCAGACCAAAUUUCAAAUGGGAUUCCGCUCCCUUCGAGGAAGUGUCGCCAGCAUUCUAAGGCUUUUAAUAUGGCUAAUGCCUCUUUUUCCCAUAUGGGCCAACAUUUUUCAGUUUCACUGAACUUCCGGGACAAAUAUCCACAAGGUUUUAAGUUCCCAUUUUGAUCCUUUUGCAAUAGUACUGCCCCGUAUGCACAGUCUGAAGCAUCGCAAUGGAUUAUGAAAGGGCUCCGGAUAUCGGGGUGUUUUAGGAUGGGUUCUUCUGUGAAGCAUCCUUUUAGGGUUUCAAAUGCCUUUUGGCAUUCUGGCGUCCAACUCAGUUUGGCGCCAGGAGCUUUCACUUUUGCUGUCUCCCCUUUCCCUUUUGUUUUUAAAAGUUCAGUAAGGGGUGCGGUUAUUUGCGCAAAGCCUUUUAUGAAGGAUCUAUAAAAAUUUGCAAACCCCAGAAAUGAUUGCAAUUGCCUCCUUGUUUGAGGUACUCCCCAUUCUUUUACGUCUGAUACUUUAGACGGGUCCAUAGCUAACCCUUCUGGAGAUAUCCGAUACCCCAGAAAGUCAAUUUGAGUUUUAUUAAAUUCACAUUUGGACAGUUUUGCGUACAGCUUUGCUUCCCUUAGUCUUUGCAAAACUUCCCGGACCAAUUCCACGUGCUUUUCUUUAUCUUCGCUCACGAUCAAGAUAUCAUCAAGGAAUAUGAAUACCCCUCGCUACAACAAUGGGUGCAGUAUUUCAUUUAUAAGCUGCAUAAAGCAACUGCCGCCAUUUUUUAAUCCGAAUGGCAAAAUUUUAUAUUCAAAAUGGCCGAAUGCGCAGGAAAAUGCAGUUUUCCAAGUAUCCUCAGGUUUGAUUCUUAAUUUAUGAUAUGCUUCAAUUAAAUCAAGUUUAGUAAAUAUGCUCCCUUUCUUCAAUACGGUAAUUAAAUCCUUUACUAAGGGCAUAGGGUAUUUAUUGUCCUUAGUAAUUGCAUUUAAAUUUCUAUAGUCAAUGCACAAUCUUAGGGAGUUGUCUUUCUUUCUCCUAAAUAACACUGGGGCUCCGAGAGGAGAAUUGGAUGGCUUAAUGAAGCCUCGCGCCAGGUUCUUAUCAAUAUAUUUCCUCAAUUCCUCCUUCUCCUGAACAGACAUGGGAUACACUUUUGGUUUUGGUAAGUUUGCUCCUGGGGUUAUUUCAAUUUCUACUUCUAUAUUCCUCUUGGGAGGUAAUUUACUUGCCUCUUUCUGAUUGAAAACAUCCACAAAGUCUCUGUAUUCAGGUGGCAAUAGCUGUGGGUCUAUUUCACCUGCUUCAUCUCCCUCGUCCUCCUCUCCUGCAAUUUUGCUUAUCUCCCAUUGCGUCUGUUGUUCUUUAAAUGCUAGGCUCUUUCCUCUCCAAUCUACUUCAGGAUUAGCCUGUUCGAGCCAUGGGAUCCCUAAUAUUACGUGGUAUGUGGCAAUAGGGGCUACCACAAAGGAUAUUCUUCCUUCCCAUUUGCCUAUUUUACAUGGGACCCCUCGUAUUUCCUUUGUAGAUACUUCCCCAGCAGCAACUGAUCCAUCUAGCUGCGAAAAUGCAAUUGGGGAGUCAAGCAACGUCUGCUGGCAUUUCAGCGCUCCUGCUAGUUCCGGAGUUAUAAUAUUUCUAGAACAACCACAAUCCACAAAUGCCUUGCAGGUGGCCCGAUUCUCUAGCCCCGAGAGGCAGAUUGGCACUACUAUCAUGCGUUUGUCCCGACUCACCAGCCUUUCCUGAGAUUCUGGGGCUCGCACCUCCUCCUCCGCACGCCUCCCGGUUGCUGGCUUGGGCUUUGAGGGUUUUGGCGGCUCCCCCUUCCGGGCCCAACAUUCUGCUGCUCGAUGGCCCGUCUUCCCACAUACAAAGCAUCCCGGUUUGGGUUUGUUGUCAUCUCCUUUGAAGGGGAUCCCCGGCCUCCCUCCGGGCCUUUCCUGCUUCCUCGUUUCUCCUCGACCUCUCGCCGCCGGUCUUUGCUGGCCGCCGCCGCCCCUGAAACGCUUCACUUGGGCCAGGGUGGAUUCGACGCGCCCCGCUAGUUGUAUCCAGCCCUGGAGUGUUUCUGGGUCGUCUCUGUGCGCCGCCCAACUAAAAACCUCGGGGCGUAGUCCCUCUUUGAAUAUCUCCACUUUGGUCACUUCAGACCACUCUGGUACCUUUUCCGCGAGAUGGAGGAAUUCUUCUGCGUACUCGGGCACCGUUUUGUCCCUCUGCUUUAUUCCUUUAAGCUGGUCUCGAGCCCUCAAUUGCUCUAGCCGGUCUCUGAACCGGUUUUCCAGUGCGGCGAGGAAGCGGGGCACUGACCUCAGGCACGGGUCGCGUCUGGCAUGUAGUUGCACAUACCAGCUGGCCGCUCCUCUCUUUAGUGUGUUGCCGAUGGCCCGAACCAUGCUUGCUUCGGAGGGGAAUGUGUGUGCAUUGUCUUCUAUAUAUCCUCUGAUGCUAAUGAGGAAAAAGUUCAGUUCAGAUGAUUCCCCUCCGUAUUCCAGUUUGAGAUCUUCCCUCCUUUGCAUCCAUUCUGCGGCCCGUUGAUGCUGUCUGGGAGGCAUGGGGAAGGGUUGCAUCGGGUUUCCUUGGACGGCCCCUUUGAACACGCCGCGCCCCACUCCGGCGGUCGUUCUGCGCGGCUCCCGAAAUUCUGCCGCCGCUGUCGGCCCUUCUACCCAUCCGAAUGCGGGCCUCGCUGUAGCCCCCGCACCUCGCCUUCCCUCGUCGUACGGCACAUCCUCAUCCUCUUCCUGGAUCUCCGGCUCCUCUCCGCCUUCGUCCGCUAACCCACUGGACCCGAUCCCUGGCCUCAGUGGUCUUUCCACCCCGACGCCCAUUCGGGGGGUUGGAAGUUGGGUUGGAAGUUCUGUUGGAGUUGGCGGCCUCAGAGUUCCCAGAGCUUGCUGGCGCUCCACUUCACGCGCCAUUCUGUCUCGGAACUCCAGUUCCUGCCAGUAUUCUUCAUCCCCCUCGCUCCUCGCCGCCACGGGGCUCUGCGUUGAGGCGCGCUGGCCCCUCUGGCUCCAAUCUUCUUUCUUACGUGGCUCUGUCUCGGCGCCAUAUCGGGUGGGCUCCUUCUGGAGAUUCUCUUCCAAUAGUGGCACCAACCUCCCCACGGUUUCCGACAGCCUGGAUAAAUUAGUUUCCAGGAUGGAUAACCGCAGGGCCACGGUCUCCGGCAUGCUUCCUCCAGAUCCCCAACUGGUUUCUGCCGCCGCCGAAACGCCUCUUCCUCCUCUGGGAAUCCUCUGGGUCACGCCGUUCGGCCUGGGGUACCCCGUAGAGGAAGCUAUGGCUUGCAGCGUCUCUUCCCCCAACGGCCGGGCCCCUGGCAAAGGCCUCUCUGCUCCAUUUGGGCUUUGAUCUCCUUCUCCACUCAUUAUCACUUCACUGCGAAUUCGCAGGAGGGUGAGAACGGGAUUCUCGACUUAAUUGUCAGGCUCACUUCAAAGGAUCAGUCUGAACGCAGAUCAGAGAUAGCUGCUCUCAAAUCCAAUCUUUAUUGAAGAAUACAUGACUUUGGAAAAGUCGAGAAUGACCUAAUGUUUACAUACACUCAUUUUUAUCACCUCUGCUGCAACGUAACACCACACGCAAAUAUCAUCAUCAAAUCCCACCCUUUGUAUCACAUUUCUACUAUUCCCACACACUAUACCAAUUAUAAUUGUUUAUACUUUCAACCCUGAGUUCCCAGGCUCAUUCUAUCUUCUUCUGCCAGGUGCUUCCAGGGUUAUUUAUGUUAUGACUCCAAGUUCAGGGCUUGGAAAUUCAGCCCUGGGACUUGGUUCCAUGACACUGGGGAGAAACCCUAUACAUGCCUGGAGUGUGAAAAGAGCUUCACUCAGAGUGGAAGUCUACGUAAACAUCAAAGGACUCACACCGGGGAGAAACCCUAUACAUGCCUGUAGUGUGAAAAGAGUUUCACUGACAGUGAAAGUCUAUGGAAACAUCAAAGGACUCACACCGGGGAGAAACCCUAUACAUGCCAAGAGUGUGGAAAUAGCUUUACUCAGAGUUCAAAUCUACGCUCGCAUCAAAGGACUCACACCGGGGAGAAACCUUAUAAACGCAUGCCGUGUGAAUAGAAUCUCUCUGAGAGUUGAAAUCUACAGAGACAUGGAAUUCAUAUUGGAGAGAACAGUCGUAUUUGACCCCAUAGGGGUCCCCUACACAGAGCAUUUCAAGCUUUUCAUGUUGGUGAUGCACUUUUCAGGCAUGCAUCCUUUCACGACACUACAGUAGACUCUCAUUUAUCCAAGCUUCACUUAUCCAAUGUUCUGUAUCAUCCAAGGCAGUCUGCCUUUUAGUAGUAAAUGUUGCAAUGUUUUGGUGCUAAAUUCGUAAAUACAGUAAUUCCUACAUAA